AGCGAGGUCGGACAUCAUGUCUAUAUUACCGUCAUUCGGCUUUACGCAGGAGCAAGUGGCGUGCGUCUGCGAGGUGCUGCAGCAGGGAGGGAACCUGGAGAGGCUCGGCCGCUUCCUGUGGUCUCUACCCGCCUGCGAUCACCUCCACAAGAACGAGAGCGUCCUCAAAGCCAAGGCGGUGGUGGCCUUUCACCGGGGGAACUUCAGAGAGCUUUACAAGAUCCUGGAGAGCCACCAGUUCUCUCCGCACAACCACCCGAAGCUACAGCAGCUGUGGCUGAAGGCGCACUACGUGGAGGCGGAGAAGCUGCGCGGCCGGCCGCUCGGAGCUGUAGGGAAGUACCGGGUGCGGAGGAAAUUCCCGUUGCCCCGCACGAUAUGGGACGGCGAGGAGACCAGCUACUGCUUUAAGGAGAAGUCCAGGGGUGUCCUGAGAGAGUGGUACACGCACAACCCCUACCCGUCCCCGCGGGAAAAGAGAGAGCUGGCCGAGGCCACAGGACUGACCACCACGCAGGUCAGCAACUGGUUCAAAAACAGACGGCAGAGAGACAGAGCCGCGGAGGCCAAGGAGAGAGAGAACAGUGAAAACAGCAACGCAGGCGGCAACAAACAGAACCAGCUGUCCCCGCUGGACGGAGGGAAGUCUCUCAUGUCCAGCUCGGAGGACGAGUUUUCUCCCCCUCAGAGCCCCGACCAGAACUCAGCGCUUUUGCUCCAGGGCAACAUGAACCACCCCGGGGCCUCCUCGUACCCCAUGUCCGGCCUGGGGCCCCCACAGCCGGUGCACAGCAUGCACGGACACCCGCACCAGCUGCAGGACUCCUUGUUGGGACCUCUAACCUCCAGCCUUGUGGAUUUGGGCUCUUAAAGAGGCUGCCAGAUGAUUUUAUUUUACAACAAGAAAAAAAGAAGACUGAGUACAUGUAUGAAAUAACACUAUAGUAGCCUACCUUAUAAUAUAGACUGACUUGUCUGUCGUUAAAUUUGGUUAGAACAAAAUUCCUUUAUGCGCUUAACCUGUAUUAUCCCCACACACAGGAGCUUCUUUUUUCAUCUCCUGCACAUGAAAACACACAGACAAGGGCCUGUGUGAAACUCUUAACUCAACCAAACACUUAACUGGACUGCCCAUUUGCUUAAUUUAUGAGAUUUUGUUGAGAUAAAAGAAUUAUAGCAACCUCCUGCGAUGGAAACUAAGAGGUUUUCAUUAGAGUCAUGGUAAUUAGUUUCCAAUAAAACAAAACUAAUGCAUUUGUCUCUG